UACAACUUAAAAUGAAUUUCAAUAUUGGAGGUCCAUGUUUUAUAAAUUAUUCAUCUUCUUCUUCUUCAGGCUCAUCAGAGUUUGAUGAAUGGUUACUAAAUGAAAAUGAAGCAAUUGAACGAGAUGAACAAAUUGCACUCAAUUUGUUAGCCAACAACAACCGCCUAGCUCAACAACUCAUUCAAGAAGAAAAUCAUGUAAGUCAUCAUGGUUCUAUUCAUGGUCAUGCAAUACACCGAGACAGAGAAAAUGCACAUCGUAAUUUAUUCAAUGAUUACUUUGCUGAUAAUCCUUUGUACGGUGAAAGAGAAUUCAACCGUCGGUUCCGAAUGUCGAAGAGAUUAUUUCUUCAUAUUGUUGAAGCUGUUAAAACACAUGACAACUAUUUCAAUCAACGCCGCGCCGCAUCUGGUAGAAUGGGCUUAUCAACCUUGCAAAAAGUCACGGCUGCUUUUCGGAUCUUGGCGUAUGGUAUGCCUGCUGAUGCCACUGACGAAUACAUCAAAAUUGGAGAGUCUACGGCAAUCGAAUGCUUGAAGAGAUUUUGUCGUGCAAUGAUAGAAAUAUUUUCAGAGUGGUAUUUCCGGUCACCAACAGCCGAGGACGUUGCUAGACUGCUUAGCAUUGGCCAACAACGAGGAUUUCCAGGAAUGCUAGGCAGUUUAGAUUGUAUGCAUUGGAAGUGGAAAAAUUGUCCAACUGCAUGGGCAGGACAAUUUGCAGGCCGUAGUGGAUCACCCUCAAUCAUUCUUGAAGCUGUUGCAGAUUAUGACUUGUGGAUAUAGCAUGCUUAUUUUGGUAUGCUGGGCAGCAAUAACGACAUCAAUGUUUUGAAGUCAUCUAAU